ACCCUCCCCCCCCCCAUAGAAAAGAUGGCUGCUGUGCAAGUUGCCUGCUCCUUGCCUUCGGGGCAGCCGCGGGAGGCACCGCCGGAAGCAAUCCCUAAGCGAGGCAAUGCGUUUCGCCGCGUGUCUGCCAGGCUCUGCGCCCUUCGCCCGGAUGACAGCAGCUUCGCCCGCACCGAGAUCCACCUGCUCUUCGAUCAGCUCAUCUCCGAGAACUACAGCGAGGGCAGUGGCGUGGCUCCGGAGGACGUUAGUGCUCUUCUUGUCCAGGCUUACCGACUGGUACCUCUUAACCAGAAUCAUCUUGUCAGCAAAGUGUCCCAGCUUAUCCACCAUUUACUUAACAGAUUACAGGUAAUUGUGGAUGAACAGCGCUUGGAUUUCCUGUUGGCGUAUACUAUUUCAGCUAUUCAUCAGUGUAGUUCCUGGACACACAUGGAAAUUCUUCAAGCCCUGGCAGCUCUGCUGUACUGCAAUGGCUCCAAAUGUCAGAAGUACCUCCCAGAGCUACUAGGCAAGACCGGACUCUUAAUGAAGUUGAGUGACUUGGCUCAGUCUGAUCCUGAAGUCAGGAGAGCUGCAGUACAUUGUAUGGCAAACUUAUGUCUCAGUGUGCCAGGACAGCCAUAUUUGGAGGAACCCUACCAAAAUGUCUGUUUCCAAGCUUUCCUGACUAUUUUACAAUCUCCAAAAUCAUCUGAUAUGGAUGAUAUCACAUUUUGCAUGUUACUGCAAAAUGCAUUAAAAGGUAUACAGUCACUUCUAAAUGGUGGGAGAAUGAAACUAACGCAGACUGAUGAACUUGGAGCACUUUUAGCUGUGCUAAAGAAGUUCAUGUUUCACGGACUGCCCGGACUAAACAUAGAGAUGCCCACGGUGUUAUACCCAACUCCGCUUCCUCAGUAUGAUGGGCGAACACCUAUCAAACCACAGCAAUCAGAAUCCAGUGCUUCUCGACCAACUUUGAAAAAGAAGUUCUUUAUGGCCACUGGUCAGCCUUUAUUCCUGAUACGCCUGAACUUGGUAGCUCACAAUCAGUGUCCUUGAUGACUCUUACGUUGAAAGACCCUUCUCCAAAGGUAAGAGAAUUUAAACUCUACGCUUUAUAAUAGGAAGAAAAAAUGUACAGAUCCUUAUUGUUUUCUCUGCCUUAUCCUAUCUGAUCUGAAUAUAGCUCUUAGUAACACUGACCCAAGUUCUGACUUGAGAACCACUGGACAGACAGGAAAAUAGGAAGUGGACUUUUGUGAAUAAUACAUUGAGGCUGAUCAUGUAGGAUCACUUCUGCCCCAGGGCUUGCCUGAAGCCUGAGCACACUGAAUUCUAACUUUGGUGUCUCCCUUGAACUGCACUGAAGCAACUGUGCUUCUCUUCGUUUUAUGGAAAUGUUGAUUGCUGUGAUAUUUAUAAUAAGAAAACAUCAGAAAUGGCUUAAACAACUCAGUAGAAUAUUAUGGUACGUAAUGACUAUGAAGGAUGCAUAAGGUUUAGAAAAAUGCUCAAAAUGUUCUGUGAAAACACAGGAUAUAGAAUUAUAUAUACAGUAGGAUCCCAAACAUGUUUUUUUUCCUUGUAACUUUUCCAGUUUUCAAAUCAUGUGUAAUAAAUAUUUACAUAUUCUAAUGAGAAAAACUUAUUUUUAAAAAAGAAGAAGGAAAUGAUUGGCAGGCAUGCUGAUCAAAUAUUUGCCUCUGCUUGAAUAUGUUAAUUCCUCUCCAGAAUUUAGCCACUUAACCAAGUAAGGAAAAUAGCCUGCUGUUUACAAUAGUGAACAUUAAAAAGUCAUGCCGAAUGGCAUCUGGGUGUCCUCAGGUAACCAACUACCCGCAAAGAGAGAAGUUUUAAUUAGGCCAACAGCAUAUUGUUGCUUUUCUAUUUUAAAGAUUAUUAAGGGGUCAGGGGUGGUAACCCACAAUACGCUGGAAUUCCAUAUGAGUCAUCUCCUUGAGUAACUUACUAUAUAAGAACAUUUCUGGAUGACCCAUCAGAAGCUUUUACAAGGUAAAGAAAAAUAAGUUAGCUUCAAUUUUAUACCCCCCCCAAAAAAUGACUUGUGGGGUAUUUCAAAUACUCCUUAUCCUAGGAAAUUAAACUGGCAGAAAUUUUACAAAUUAACUAAAUCAAUAGUGAAUGAGAACCUGGGAGAAAAAUGAAAAAUGAGUGGUGGCAAAUAAAUCAGUAAUGAAGCCAUUAGAGUAAUUGAAAUAAAAGCUGCUAAAAAUAUUGAGAACAUAUAUUUGAAGACCCUCCAGCUAGGGGAGCUGCCAGCAGUGGCCAAGGAGAUGGUGCUGUGGAGCAAGCAGCAGCCCAGCUUCAUCACCUAUAUCAUAGCUGCCCAGCCAAGGGGAUGCGGGACAUGAGGGUUUGGAACAUGAAUACAUAAAGGUUAUGAGGUCAUAGCUGAUGGAAAUGAAUUGGAAUAAUUUUCCUGAUGUUUAUAUCUUCAUAUUUUUAAAAAUGUUUACAUUUCACUUAAAGUGCCAUGAGAAAUUUCACAUAUUGCAGAGUGGUCUUAUCCAUCUCCUUGAUUUACGUACCUUUUAGACUUGUUCUAGGUGUUUAAGUUUGGUGAAUGCAAGAGAUUUGCUGAGGAAAAAAGAUACAGAACUUCCUUCUGGAGAUGUCAUAGAUCCAGUACAAAAAGCCACAAGGAACUCCUGGAGAAAUAAAAAGCAAAACAAAACAAAAUAAAAAAACAGUCAUCCUACUUAAAGAGGAUUUUAAAAGAUGAAAGAAAUUAAAUUAGUUCAGUAUAAUUGCAAGUGAAAUGAUUGUAC